AUGAUGCCCCGCCGGAAGAGCCGUUAUGUGCUCCUCGUCGCCCUUGUCAUAGUCUUCAUGCUGUACCAGGUCUUCAAGAAUCCCGAACGGGAUGCGACAGGCUAUACCAGCAAUCUCAAGCCCAGCGAACUCGAGAAGGGCCAGAAUGCCCACAAGCCGCCCGCAAAGCCGCCCACGGCGAACGAUCCGGCUUCGAACAAGCAUCUGAACAACAACCCGCCUCCCGAUCACGAGCACCCGCACGACCAGGAGGAGGACGAACCUGAACAGAACCCGCAGAAGCAGACGGCUAGGCCGACGGUCAAGAUCCCCCAGCUCAAGUCCGAAAAGGCGAAGCCCGCCGCGCCCACCGAGACCCUAUCCGGUCCCACGCUGUCCAUCCAUGCGCCCAACGAGGCUGUCAAGGUCACGAAGAAGCCAGAGGUUACCGAAGCGCCGACAAAGUCCCUCGACGAGGAUAUCCACGCCAAGAACCCUCCCGGCCGGCCCGAACUUGACCUUUUGGAAAACCAGUCGACAUCGACCUCGCAGAUUCAUUGGCACAAGGUCUCCGAGCAUUUCCCGGUUCCCACGGACGAGAUCAUUCCUCUCCCAACCGGCAAGCCCAAGGACAUUCCCAAAAUACAAUACACGUUCAAGCCUGAGACGGAGUCGGCCAAGGAGAAGCGCGAAAAACGACUGGCGCUGGUCAAGGCCGAGAUGGAACGCUCCUGGGCGGGAUACCGCAAGUUCGCCUGGAUGCAUGACGAGCUCUCGCCCGCCAGUGGCCGCUUCCGUGAUCCUUUCUGCGGCUGGGCCGCCACGCUGGUCGACGGCCUCGACACGCUUUGGAUUAUGGGCAUGAAGGACGACUUCGAUGCGGCCGCCAAGGCCGUCAAGGACAUUGACUUUACCUUUAGCCCGACACGCCGCGAUAUCCCUGUAUUCGAAACCAUCAUCAGGUACCUGGGUGGUCUGCUUGCUGCUUACGACGUGAGUGGCGGCAAGAAGGGUGGUUAUGAAAUGCUGCUGGACAAGGCUCUCGAGCUCGCCGAGAUCUUGAUGGGCGUUUUCGAUACGCCCAACCGCAUGCCCAUCCUGUAUUACAACUGGCAGCCCCAGUACGCGUCUCAACCACACCGUGCUACCACUGUCGGCGUGGCUGAGCUGGGUUCAAUGUCCAUGGAGUUCACCCGCCUCGCACAGUUGACCGGCGAGGAUAAGUACUACGACGCCAUCGCGCGCAUCACCGAUGCCUUUGAGGACCUUCAGAACCGCGGCACCACCAUCGAUGGCAUUUUCCCCGAGCAGCUUGAUGCCUCCGGUUGCAACAGGACGGCCGAGGCGAUCGUAUAUCAAGAGGAACAAGCUGCGGCCGCGAGCGCUAGCGCUGCCGCUGCCCGUCUCAGCGAACCCAAGGGACACGAGCCAGUGGCUGCGGAGGCGAAGCGGGCUGAAGCUGACGCAUCCCUUGCUCUGGAGACCUCUUUGGCAAAGGGGAAUGGCAGCGAGCCGGAGGGGGUCAACCUGCUCGCGAGACGGGCUGUCGGGGUUGACCAAGCUGGUGAAACUGUGGUGGAAAAUGAGCAGGCCAUCUACCCCGGCAAUAGCGGCCGUAGACCGUCUCCCACAACGCCGGAUAAAUCCUCGUGGGAAUGCAUCAAGCAGGGUCUGGCUCCUGGUGGCUGGGGCUACCAGCAGUACAGCAUGGGUGGAAGCCAAGAUUCCACCUACGAGUACUUCCCAAAGGAAUAUCUGGUGCUUGGUGGUCUUGAACCCAAGUACAAGACGAUGCACAUCAAGACAGUCGAGGCUGUCAAGAAAUGGCUUCUCUACAGACCCAUGGUGCCCAAGGAAAGAGACAUUCUUUUCUCGGCCAAGGUCUCAACCUCUGGUGACCCUGAGAACGACCUACGAACUGAGUACGAAGUGACGCAUCUCACCUGCUUCAUUGGUGGCAUGUUUGGCCUUGGAGGCAAGAUCUUUGACAGACCCGAGGAUGUUGAGAUCGCCAAGAAACUCACCGAUGGCUGUGUCUGGGCCUACGAAUCGAUGCCUUCUGGUAUUAUGCCCGAAGGCGCCUCUGUUGUGCCAUGCGCUUCUCUGCAGAGCUGCCCCUGGAACGAGACUCUCUGGUGGGAGCACCUUGACCCGUCCGCUGAUUGGCGUGAGUCACAGGUCAAGGACUGGGAGGAGAGACAGCGUAAGAAGAAGGAGCAGCAGCAGGAUGAGCUCCGCAAGCAGUCUGUCGAGAGAGGCAAGACCGAUCACACCGGUAGCAACCCCGCUGAGAAGUCCAUCAAGGACGAGCCUGCGCCGGAGAAGAAGGACCCAUUUGCCGACAUUCACGUCCCCAAGGACGAGCCAAAGAACCUGGGAUCGGCCAAGAAGACUGAGUACCCCGCUCCUGAGCCUGGCCUCAACAAGUCCCCCUCGAACGUCGAUGAGCACUUGCUGAAGAAGCGGGAUCCUGCCCCGCCUACAUCCCAGGAUCCUCGCCAGGGAUCUGCCGAGGAGGCCGCCAGCAACUCCCUGAAAGACAAGCUUGACUUGAACAGCGCCGGCAACACGGGCAGCGUCCCCAACGAUGCGCCGGUCAGCGGUGGUAUCGUAGGCAAGAUCAGGCUGGAGGAAGCGGAAGAGGUGCCCGACCCAAAGCCGCAAUCGCACGAGGAGUUUAUCAAGGAGAAGCUGGAGCUUGAGAAGAUUCCGCCUGGCUUCGUCAACAUCAACGCCAGGCGCUACAUCCUUCGGCCCGAGGCCAUCGAGUCUGUGUGGUACAUGUACCGCAUCACGGGCGACCCUGAAUGGCAGGAGAAGGGCUGGAGGAUGUGGGAGGCCAUCAUCAAGGCGACGCGGACCGAGUACGGCAACAGCGCCAUCGACGACGUAUUGUCCGAGGAGCCGAAACCCGUGGACGAGAUGGAGAGCUUCUGGGUCGCUGAGACGCUAAAGUACUUUUAUCUCUUGUUUUCAACGCCCGACGUCGUCAGUCUUGACGACUGGGUGCUCAACACCGAGGCGCAUCCGUUCAAGCGCCCCGUCUAG